AUGGCUGACAAAGAAAUACUUCUAUUACUGUAUUUCUCUUUAUUUUGCUUCUGCCACACUUCAAAGGUAUACACACAACUCAAACAAGGUGAUAGGCUCAGCUUUUCCGAUCAGCUUGUUUCAACAAAUAGGCUUUAUGCUUUAGGAUUCUCCCGCAAAUACCUAGUCAUAAAUUGCACCUACAAGGAUGAACUGAGCUACCAUCCUGUCUGGCCAGCCAACAGAGAUAAACCAAUCAUCGGAAACUCUGAUGUCCUUGCUAUAGAUGAUGUUGGGAAAUUAAUAAUCACGCAUAGUGGUGGCCAAAUUGAGCUGUAUUCAGGCAAGUCUGCUUCCACUGAAAAUUUAACAGCAGUAUUAGAAAAUAAUGGAAACUUUGUGUUGAAAGCAAAUUCCGGCUGCCAGACACAAAUAUUGUGGGAAAGCUUUGAUAAUCCGACGCACACACUUUUGCCUGGAAUGAAAUUAGGGUUUAACCGUAAGACUUGUUCUCUCACGUCCUGGUUAGAUGAAGAAAAUCCAAUGCCGGGAGGAUUUACUAUGGAGUAG